AUGUUUUGUAAUCUGUACAGCUGCAGGCCCAUCGAAGAUGAACCACCUCAUACCAAGAUUGCCGAUUUAUCUGCACUUUUCAUGACUGUCGAUGGCUUAUGGAUGCCUGAAAUAACAAAAAGAACAAUGGCAGCUGCGGCGAAGGUGAUAGGGAAAAACUGA